UAUAAAUUAUUAACUCUUCCUUUCAUUUCUCCCCCACUUGCCUCCGUUGAUGUCAACACUCCCACUUCUUCAACCUCUCUCAACUCUCUCUUCCACCGAUGCAAGAAGGCCUCCGACGAUGCUCCGACCAAGCCCUCCGUCUCGACCUCACCUCCUCUUCCCUUUCUUUCGACGCCGUCGAAUCUGCUGAGACCCGAAUCCAACGCCUUAUAUCGGAGCAUCCGGUCAUCAUUUUCUCUCGAUCUUCAUGCUGCAUGUGCCACGUCAUGAAGAAGCUGUUAUCCACCAUCGGUGUUCAUCCAACUGUCAUCGAGUUAGAUGACCAUGAGAUCUCUGCUCUCCCAUCUCCACCUCCAUCCGACGAUGUUCCGUCCCCUCGUAAUCUUGCUCCCGCCGUUUUCAUUGGCGGAACCUGCGUCGGCGGGCUCGAAUCCCUCGUCGCUCUGCACCUCAGCGGUCAUCUCGUCCCGAAACUCGUCGAAGUAGGCGCUUUGUGGGCGUGAUAUUUCCAUCAUCAAUGAUUUGGGCUUCUCUAUUGUUGUAAGUGAACGUAAAUUUAGCUAGAAGGGAAUAAUUUUUCCUGUUAAAAUUAUCAAGUUUCAUGAUCAAAUACUGAAAGAUAAGAGAUGUGGCAUUUCAUUUGAUGAGAAAAAUCUGUGAUUCAUGUUAAAGCAUAUGAUAUGGUUACAACUAAUUGGAACCAACAAUCAGGGUACCAGGUGGGUCCCUUGUAUCAAGUAUUGAACAAUCAGGGCCGUUGAUUUUUAUUAUUGUUAU